AUGACCACCAUUGACGAUGCCAGACUCUUUGUAGAAAAGAAAGACUAUUCUAAUGCGGAAGAAGCGUACCAAAAAGUGCUGCAAGAAACCCGAGUGCCUGGUAAUUCGGGUAAGAUAACUCAAGCCCAGACACAGCUUCAAGAACGCUGCAUAGUCGAAUUGGGAACGUUGUAUGGUCUUUCCAAACAGACUGACAAACUGGCUGGCUUUAUACCUGAGGCGAGAGACAUUAUGAUGCAGUAUGCGAAAUCCAAGACAGCCAAGGUUCUAAAGACCCUUAUUGAUCAGUUCGAACAAAUUCCAGACUCUCUAGACACACAAAUUGCAGUGUGUAUAGAUAGUAUCGAGUUUGCAACUCGUGAAAAAAGGGCUUUUUUAAAGCAUGCUCUGUCUAUUAGACUUGCAACGUUGUACCUGCUAAAGGGACGGUACAACGACUCUUUGCAACUAAUUAAUGAUUUGCUCCGAGAAUUCAAAAGACUGGACGAUAAGUCGUCCUUGGUGGAUGUCCAUUUGCUGGAAGCCAAAGUGUACCACAAACUCAGAAACAUGGCAAAGGCCAAAGCCGCUUUGACCAGCGCCCGUACUGCUGCUAACUCCAUAUACUGCCCUACCCUCACCGUUGCUGACUUAGAUCUGAUGAGCGGCAUUUUGCAUUGUGAAGACAAAGACUACAAGACCGCUUUUUCGUAUUUCUACGAGUCCUUUGAGGGCUAUCAUAAUCAGUCAACAAAUCUACAAGAGAAGGCAGCUCAAGUGUUGAACUACAUGUUGCUUUCUAAAAUUAUGUUGAACCUGAUUGAUGAGGUCAACUCCAUUCUAAACGCAAAAUAUACCAAGGAAAGUUACCAGUCGCGUGGUAUUGAGGCCAUGAAAGCAGUUGCCGAAGCAUACUCGCAUAGAUCGCUGCUGGAAUUUAAUGCUGCUUUAAAAAAGUACGAAAAAGAGCUUAUGGGUGAUUCCUUGAUCAGAUCCCAUUUCAACGCGCUUUACGACACUUUAUUGGAGUCAAAUCUGUGCAAGAUUAUCGAGCCCUUCGAUUGCGUGGAAUUGCGCCACAUCAGCAAGAUGAUAGAGCUGGACAUUCGCCAGGUGGAAGGUAAACUUUCCCAGAUGAUUCUUGACAAAGUCUUCUACGGUGUAUUGGAUCAGGGCAAUGGAUGGUUGUACAUAUAUGAAACUCCACAUCAGGAUGCAACCUACGAUUCUUCCUUGGAGCUGAUUGGCCAGCUGAACAAGGUAGUGGAACAGCUUUUCGAGAAAGCUAGUGUUCUUAAUUAA